AUGGCAGACGGUUCUGUACUCAUGUUGCCCUCGGGCUUCAAGUUUAGGCCCUCCGACAAGGAUCUAAUUCUUGAGUACCUCUACCGCCGUUCAAUCGAUGAGCCGCUACCUUGGGCUGUCAUUGUUGAAGCGGACAUAAUGGGUAGCAGUCCAUGGGAUCUUUUACCAGAGGGAGCAAAGGAGAAGUACUUCCUCACUCGUAGGGAUCUGAAGUACAUGGACGGCUCACGCAUCAACCGCAUUACCCAGGAAGGGUACUGGAAGGCAAGAAGGACAGAGUCCCCGAUCUAUGUCCACAACAUACUGGUGGGCAUGAGGCGGUCUCUGCUGUUCUACGUUGGCACCCCGAAAGGCAUGCGCACAAUUUGGGCUAUGCGAGAGUACCGCCUCGCCGGCGCCGGUCUCAGUCCCUGCAUGGUGAUGAGGCCUACUGGGUCAGAAACUUUUGGUCGAACUUGCCAAAUCGAUGCCACAGCCACUGCCAAGCGUCUUGUGCUCUGCGUGCAGAGAAAUGAUGUACUCUCUAGUUCACUUUGCAACACGGUUUCUCAUGAUGGUUUUGCACCUAAGAUGGUGUACCCAGAUGAAUCCUGGGUCAUUUGCCGCAUGUACAAGAAGAGGACUCGUGCAAGUCCUAUCAUCACGCUGCCUGCUGCUAGUUCAUGCCCUGGAGUUCGAGCUCGCUUCACCAACUUCAUGGAGGCUAAUCGUGAAUCAUCCCUUGCGAGUAGCUCCAUCCACAGCCCCUCUUUGGACAAAGAAGAGGAGGGGGUUGGCAGUGGUGAAAACAAGCCUGGAAGCAACAACUGAGUGGCAACAAAAGUAAUCUGAUAAGAAAGAGUAUACUAAAUAAAUAUGAGAUGGGCAAUAAUGACUAUGUUCGAGUUUAUGUGCUCC